UUUGGUGUGCUGAGCUUUUUAUCUUCAACCUCUUUCAAGCACGCGCAGACACCACUUUUGUACGGCUAGCCUUGUUGGCGAAGCUAGCUGUUUGCUCCGUGGUAUGUAGAAUCUAGAACCAAGCACUUCCAGAAUCCGAAUUUACGGAGAGAUCUAUAGAAGUGCUUGAGCUGCUCGUAUCUAUAGUAGCUCCCCCGGUAUUUAUCUAACUGUCGUUACCAUGGUGUUGAGACGUGACAUGAUGCCGUCCUCGGCGUCGCUUCUGUUUCUAGUUUCACUGAGCCUUCUUUCCGCCGCGACUGCAGCGCCGGCAGCGCCUAAGCCAUGGGGGAUUCGCAUCGACAGCGGCGGCAUGAAGAACUUCACGGACAAUUUCACCCGGCAGUGGUCGCGCGACAACGGCUUCUCGAGCGGCAUGGCUGGCACGUUGAAUCUCACGGGCAAGCCGAACGAGUUCAACAUGCCCAUGUACCAGAAGACCACGCGCUAUUAUCUCUUCGCGCUCGAGAACUGCUACGAAAUGCCGGUGCCGGCUGGGCACUAUCUCAUCCGCAUGUUCUUCAACCCGGGACCCCCCUCCGACGGCGAGGAUCCGACCCGUGAGUUCGCGGUGUCCACGCUCUCCACUCAGAUCGCCAUGAUCACGCCGCGAACGCCUGGCGAGUUUCGCGAAAUGAUGGUUACCUACCCGGGCCCGAACGCGGAGCUGGACGUCUGCUUCGUCGCCAACCCGUCCGCUUUGUCCGCCUUCGUCAACGCCCUCGAGAUCCUGCCGAUUGACCCAGCGGCGUACGUCACUGACCCCAACUUCAUUCUCUUCAACUAUGUGCGCGUGCGCACGGGGCAGGGCUUGAGCUUCGGGGACGGCGUGAGUAAGAUUUACACGGAUGACAAGGGCCACCGCCAGUGGUUCAACAUGUCCACGGCCAAGCUGCUGAACUCCCCUCUGGACGUCAGCUGCGAGCCUGCCUGCACCCAACUCUCGGUGCCGCCUAAAACAACCUUCACGGGUGCUGACGUGGCGCCGCACUACUUCCCGAGCUUCCUCUACACGUCAUCGCUCACCAACGCGGCUGGUGGAAAGAUCACGCUCAAGGUCACGAUCCCGGAUAAGGGCUCCCGGCUGCUCAUCGUUCUGCACUUUGCUGAGAUCGAUGCGACCGUCACUGCUGCUGGUGCACGGGUCUUCUCUAUCUCUGUGAACGGGAAGCCAGUGCCAGGGGGCGACGGCAUCGACCUGAUCAAGUGGGGCAAGGCUGCCAACGUGGCGCUCUUCAAGACCGUCGAUUGGCAGCUUGGGGCAGACGAAUCGACGGUGGAGAUCGUGCUGGCGGGCGCCAAGGGCGCAUCCAAGGGCCCCAGUGUUGCCGGGCUGGAGGUGUUUCGGCUGGUUUCCAGAGGACCCCGUACCAAUGCCAAUGAGUUCAAGCUGAUGCGCAAGGUGCGGGACGCCCUGGUGGUGCCUGAGAUGAGCAACUGGCAGGGCGACCCCUGUGCGCCCAUCGCCUGGCCGGGCGUGGGAUGCCGGCUGACCGAGAGGAACGACUUCACCAUCACUGGCAUCUCCCUGGCAGCAGCCGAGCUCGCGGGUUCAGUUCUCCCCGACAUUUACCUCCUAAAGAACCUGCAGUACCUCAACCUGAGCAACAACCAAAUUGCUGGUGGCGUUCCGCAGGCACUCAUCAACCUGGAGCAGCUCACCAUGCUUGACCUGUCAGCCAACGACCUGAAGGGCACCAUUCCUCAGGGAUUUGGCAGCAUGCCUGCCCUUAGAAUCCUUGACCUGCAUGACAAUGAGCUCACGGGAGGUGUGCCCGCGGAUCUCUUCCCACCUCCCCCUGGAGUCGUGAUUGAUUUCUCCAACAACCCUGACGUGUGUGGUACCACCACGCGGCCAGCCUGUGAGGCACUGGGCGGGCCAGGCAUCAGCGACAUCACCAUAGUGCAGCCGACGUCGUCGUCCAUCUCGUCCACACAGAUCGUAUGGAUCAUCACGGCGUGCAUCCUGGGCGUGCUGCUGAUCAUCGCGGUGGUGGUCGCCAUUCGCCUCAUCUUCUUCCAACCGCACCUGCCGAUCGAGGAUGAAGACAACGGUACUGACGGGUUCUACAGCCAAGCAGCCCGAGGCCACUUCCUGGAAAACGAGCCCCCAUAUGUCGCCACUCUGGAUGAGGAAGCACGCUAGAUGCUCAGAUUGAAGCACGUCGAAGUGCUACUUUCGUGUACACAUAUACAAAGCAUUGUCGGUGACAUGUGCUCUUCCUUACGAAGGUUCUCUAUAUACCUCACGAACUCUGCAAUAUACUUGUAGCUAUCGCGUUGCAAUCAUCCAUAGAUUCUAGAGUAACGCCAAAACUUGUGUAGUGCUUGAUGAAGUUUCCAUGUUAUAUUCUGCUAUGCACAUGCCCUUAGCUAAUAUGUUAUAGUUUAGCAUCCCAUAAAUGAGAAACCCCUCCAUUGUAAGGAAAAU